AUGACGACUUCUUCAGCAGCAACACAUCGUCGAGGAAGAGUACACAUGCAUGUAAGCAAAAAUGAAGAGUGGCGCAGGAGCGAAACUGUUCAUCAUGGAUCUUGCUCAGGUCUUGAUUCCAUCUCAGAGUUUCCUAGAAAAAGUUCAUGUGAGGAUGGACGUUUAUAUGCUUCUGGAAAUUGGCAACUUGCACAUGCUCUGGAAUACCUGAAAACUUUUCACAUGCAGUGGCAAGAUUUUGCCCCUCCUCUUUAUAAUAAGAAGAAGAACAAGAAGAAGAAGAAGCAGCAAGAAAUACAAGACGUUGAGGAUGAAAAUGAUGGGGAUACAGCUGCUGUAUCUCUAUCAACUGAAGGUCGUAGAUUAUACGUGGGAAACUUGCCUUACGCGAUGACCUCUUCCCAAUUAGCUGAUAUCUUUGCUGAAGCUGGCCGUGUUGCUUCUGUUGAGAUUGUUUAUGACAGAGUGACGGAUAGGAGUCGAGGAUUUGCAUUUGUUACAAUGGGGAGUUUUGAAGAAGCAAAGGAGGCAAUUCGGCUGUUUGAUGGAUCUUUUGGGGGCCGAACUGCAAAGGUGAAUUUUCCUGAGGUGCCACGAGGAGGUGAGCGAGAAGUCAUGGAGUCAAAGAUCAGAAGCAGCAACCAGGGAUUUGUAGAUAGCCCACAUAAGAUCUAUGCAGGAAACCUAAGCUGGGGUCUAACCUCUCAAGGCCUCAGAGAAGCUGUCCAAGACCAGCCAGGAUUCUUGAGCGCCAAAGUCGUCUAUGAUAGGGAUACCGGAAGAUCCCGAGGAUUUGGAUUUAUUAGCUUUGCGUCCGCUGAAGAGGUGGAUUCUGCACUUGAGGCCAUGAAUGGAGUGGAGGUGGAAGGCCGGCCUCUACGGUUAAACUUGGCACAACAAAGAUCUUUCAUAUCUCCUCCUCCAGCACCUGAAACAAAUUCUGAGCCAGAUAGUUAAAGCAGCCUUAGUGUUUUGUGUUAUUAGCUACUAAGAGGGGUGGAUGAAUUAGUAUUGCCAUACCCUUGUGAGGGGAUGAUGUGGAGUGGAGGAGGCCAGCAAAACUGCCGUAGAGACGAUUGAGUCCAAUUUUGUUCCCUGCUAAAGUUCCGAUUCACUUGUAUCAUGGCACAGACGGAAGCCAAAGAUGCCUAGAGAAGGACAUUGUUUAAUGAAUAUUAGUGUUGUACUUUCAGAUAGCCUUAAAUUUUCGUUUUGCGUGAUUAGCGGAAGACUACGGGUACAAUUUACGACCA